UAAAAUCCUAAUUUCAUUCGACAUGUCUUUACUAUCUCUCAAGAUAAGACCACUUUCUCUUUUUGCUUCUACAAAUCCAAACAGUCUUCCAAAGUUUCAGAGUUCCAAAUUUGAGAGAAAGGUAGCUUCAUCUUCUCAUGCAAAUACAACUAAAAGACCGAGUCCCAACAACGUCUACCAAUCAGAUUCAGAGAAGUAUUUACACGAAUUGUAUAUUAAGAAAGCCAAGAAUAUACUUAUUGCAAACCUAGAUGAUCCAUUCAAGAGUUUAGCUAUGAUCGAUACCAUUCAAGGUUUAGGCAUCGAUCUCCAUUUCCUACACGAAAUCGAUCAAAUCCUUCGCAUCAUUUAUAAGGAAUUUUAUCAAAACAAAGGAUACUAUGGCCGUGAUCUCCGCGAGGUUUCACUUUGCUUUCGAUUGCUGAGACAAGAAGGCCACAAUGUCCAAGAAAGCAUUUUCAGAAACAUUCUAGACAAGAAGAGUGGAUUCCGAGAUGACAUACAAAAUGAUGUGGACGGUCUAAUAGAAUUGUAUGAAGCUUCUGAGCUCGGUGUAGAAGGCGAAGAAAUACUUGAUAGCUUGAGAGAAUUCACAUUUGCCCGUCUUACAGAACUUUGUUCGGGUCGAGAAAAUCAUCAAGAGCAGGAGAUAAUGAGUUCUUUGGCACAACCUCGCCACAAAACUUUAAGCAGAUUAACCUCCAAGAGGUUCAUAAGCAUGAUCAAAAUCAUGGGUGAAGAAAAUAAUGAUUGGUUACAAUCUCUAUUACGAGUGGCUGAGAUCGAUUCCAUGAUGUUGAAGUCAUUGUUGCAAGAAGAAAUAUCUCAAACAUUCAAAUGGUGGAGAGACCUUGGUUUAGAGAAAGAGCUGAGGAAGGCAAGAAACCAGCCGUUGAAAUGGCACACAUGGUCCAUGGGAAUUCUUCAAGAUCCAACCUUUUCCGAACAAAGACUUGAUCUUACAAAAUUAAUAUCACUCAUUUAUAUUAUAGAUGACAUAUUCGAUGUCUAUGGCGAGCUAGAAGAACUCACCAUCUUCACUCAAGUUGUGGAAAGAUGGGACCACCAUAGUCUUGAGAAGCUACCGAGAUACAUGAAGGUUUGCUUUGAAGCUCUAGAUACAAUCACAAUGGAGAUUAGCAUGAAGAUCUGCAAAUUACAUGGUUGGAAUCCAACACUCUCCCUUCAAAAAUCGUGGGCUAGGUUGUGCAAAGCAUACUUGGUAGAAGCAAAAUGGUUUAAUUCUGGUUACUUACCAAAUACUGAGGAGUAUAUGAAGAUUGGGGCUGUGAGUUCAGGUGUUCACUUAGUGAUGCUCCAUGUUUACUACUUGUUGGGGGAAAUCACAGCAGAGAAAGUCAAACUAAUAGAGAGCAACCCGAAGAUUGUAUCCUCUGCAGCUACAAUUCUCAGGCUUUGGGAUGAUCUUGAUGUGAACCAAGACGGGUUUGAUGGAUCAUACGUAGACUGCUACCUGAACGAACACAAGGGAUCAACCGUUGCUGAAGCAAGAGCACAUGUUUUCCAGGAGAUAUCUAAAGCAUGGAAACACUUGAACAAGGAGUGUCUGAAUCCAAGACCAUUUUCAAGAGCCUUCUCAAAAGCUUGUCUAAACAUUGCAAGAACAGUUCCUUUAAUGUACAAAUACGAUGAUGAACAACAACUUCGCGGCCUCAACAAAUAUCUCAAGCAUCUAACAUAAGAAGUUCCAUUUGACGCUCUGUAAUAAAGCAUUACGUAUAUAGCAGAAUGGAAUUUUUGUCGUUCAACAAUAAGGAAAUGAGAUUACAAGAACUUU